GGAUUUUACUCUCCAUUUUUCUCUGGAAUUAUUUUUGGUGAUUAAUUUUCUGGGGGGACUGGGACGUGGGGCCCGGCGGCGCGGCCCCCAUCGCAGCGGCCGGGCAGCGGGGCCUCGGACGCGCCCCGAGAAGGAGCGGGGCGGCGCGGGCGGAGAGAACAUUGAAAGUAUUCUCUAAGCUAUUUGAAGAGAGUGACUAAAUGCACCUGGGUCAGGCUGUCUGUGGGUAUGAAGUGGUUGGGAGAAUCCAAGAACAUGGUGGUGAAUGGCAGGAGAAAUGGAGGCAAGUUGUCUAAUGACCAUCAGCAGAAUCAAUCAAAAUUACAGCACACGGGGAAGGACACCCUGAAGGCUGGCAAAAAUGCAGUCGAGAGGAGGUCGAGCAGAUGUAAUGGUAACUCGGGAUUUGAAGGACAGAGUCGCUAUGUACCAUCUUCUGGAAUGUCUGCCAAGGAACUCUGUGAAAAUGAUGACCUAGCAACCAGUUUGGUUCUUGAUCCCUAUUUAGGUUUUCAAACACACAAAAUGAAUACUAGCGCCUUUCCUUCGAGGAGCUCAAGGCAUUUUUCAAAAUCUGACAGUUUUUCUCACAACAACCCUGUGAGGUAGGUAGUGUGUGUUACAAACAAUGAGAUACUGACUAACCCAUUCCAGCCUUUUAAAAUGUUCUUUUAUGUUGAGUAAGUUGAAGUGUCAGCAUAAAUUAGAGUUUUAGAACAUUUUACAAACCUUUUAAAGUAGUUUGAUAAUAGUUGUAUUUUUUAAAAAACCACUUGUACUUCAUAACAGGGUGAUUUUAAGAGAAACAAAUCAUUCAUCAAAAGAUCAGGAGUCACUCCAUGUGAUUAGCUGAGCACUGAUUGCAGGACUCAGCCAGGUAUGUUUUUGGUUCUUGUUUAUUUUCAGGUCAAGAAGGAAUGAAGAGCUGCUCUGUGACUACUUGCUCAGCGUCUACAAACUGUCGAUUUACAGCUAAACUUUCUUCAGAGGGGGAAAUGUGUUCACUAUGUUGCCUCAUGGUUUUAUUUUAUAUCUUAAAUAUUUGAGCAUUUUUCUCUCUUCCUCUCUCCUUCCCUGUCUCCCUUUUUUCUGUUCCCCUUCCUGUUCCCCACCCCUCCAGUCAGCUUUUGAUUGUGCAUGCUAAUGAAGGGCACAGUAGCACAGCUAAUACAGUCUACAACUUUUCUUCACUGCCACAGUGGGGAGACAGAAAAACCAAAUAGCAAGAAAACCUGGGAAGUGAGUCUCUGGAAAGAGUGGGGAACAGAUUUCGGCCUAUUAAAGGAAGGCAGGAAGAACUAAAGGAAGUAAUUGAACGUUUUAAGAAAGAUGAACACUUGGAGAAAGCCUUCAAAUGUUUGACUUCAGGCGAAUGGGCACGGCACUAUUUUCUCAACAAGAAUAAAAUGCAGGAGAAGUUAUUCAAAGAACACGUAUUUAUUUAUUUGCGAAUGUUUGCAACUGACAGUGGAUUUGAAAUAUUGCCAUGUAAUAGAUACUCAUCAGAGCAAAAUGGAGCCAAAAUAGUUGCAACAAAAGAGUGGAAACGAAAUGACAAAAUAGAAUUACUGGUGGGUUGUAUUGCCGAACUUUCAGAAAUUGAGGAGAACAUGCUACUUAGACAUGGAGAAAACGACUUCAGUGUCAUGUAUUCCACAAGGAAAAACUGUGCUCAACUCUGGCUGGGUCCUGCUGCAUUUAUAAACCAUGAUUGCAGACCUAAUUGUAAGUUUGUGUCAACUGGUCGAGAUACAGCAUGUGUGAAGGCUCUGAGAGAUAUUGAACCUGGAGAAGAAAUUUCUUGUUAUUAUGGAGAUGGGUUUUUUGGAGAAAAUAAUGAGUUCUGCGAGUGUUACACUUGCGAAAGACGGGGAACUGGUGCUUUUAAAUCCAGAGUGGGACUGCCUGCGCCUGCUCCUGUUAUCAAUAGCAAAUAUGGACUCAGAGAAACAGAUAAACGUUUAAAUAGGCUUAAAAAGUUAGGUGACAGCAGCAAAAAUUCAGACAGUCAAUCUGUCAGCUCUAACACUGAUGCAGAUACCACUCAGGAAAAAAACAAUGCAACUUCUAACCGCAAAUCUUCAGUUGGUGUAAAAAAGAAUAGCAAGAGCAGAACGUUAACGAGGCAAUCUAUGUCAAGAAUUCCAGCUUCUUCCAACUCUACCUCAUCUAAGCUAACUCAUAUAAAUAAUUCCAGGGUACCAAAGAAACUGAAGAAGCCUGCAAAGCCUUUACUUUCAAAGAUAAAAUUGAGAAAUCAUUGCAAGCGGCUGGAGCAAAAGAAUGCUUCAAGAAAACUCGAAAUGGGAAACCUAGUACUGAAAGAGCCUAAAGUAGUUCUAUAUAAAAAUUUGCCCAUUAAAAAAGAUAAGGAGCCAGAGGGACCAGCCCAAGCCGCAGUUGCCAGCGGGUGCUUGACUAGACAUGCGGCGAGAGAACACAGACAGAAUCCUGUGAGAGGUGCUCAUUCGCAGGGGGAGAGCUCGCCCUGCACCUACAUAACCCGGCGGUCAGUGAGGACAAGAACAAAUCUGAAGGAGGCCUCUGACAUCAAGCUUGAACCAAAUACGUUGGAUGGCUAUAAAAGCAGUAUGACAGAACCUUGCCCUGACAGUGGGGAACAGCCACAGCCAGCUUCCGUGGUGCAGGAGGAAGAACUGGCUCAUGAGACUGCGCAAAAGGGGGAGGCCAAGUGUCAUAAGAGUGACACAGGCAUGUCCAAAAAGAAGUCACGACAAGGAAAACUUGUGAAACAGUUUGUGAAAAUAGAGGAAUCUACUCCAGUGCGUGAUUCUCCUGGAAAAGACGAUGUGGUACCAGAUUUGAUGGGGCCCCAUUCUGACCAGGGUGAGCACAGUGGCACUGUGGGCAUGCCUGUGAACUACACAGACUGUGCUCCUUCACCCGUUGGUUGUUCAGUUGUGACAUCAGAUAGCUUCAAAACAAAAGACAGCUUUAGAACUGCAAAAAGUAAAAAGAAGAGGCGAAUCACAAGGUAUGACGCACAGUUAAUCCUAGAAAAUAACUCUGGGAUUCCCAAAUUGACUCUUCGUAGGCGUCAUGAUAGCAGCAGCAAGACAAAUGACCAAGAGAAUGAUGGAAUGAAUUCUUCAAAAAUAAGCAUCAAGUUAAGCAAAGACCAUGACAACGAUAACAAUCUCUAUGUAGCAAAGCUUAAUAAUGGAUUUAACUCAGGAUCAGGCAGUAGUUCUACAAAAUUAAAAAUCCAACUAAAACGAGAUGAGGAAAAUAGGGGGUCUUAUACAGAAGGGCUUCAUGAAAAUGGGGUGUGCUGCAGUGAUCCUCUUUCUCUCUUGGAGUCUCGAAUGGAGGUGGAUGACUAUAGUCAAUAUGAGGAAGAAAGUACAGAUGAUUCGUCCUCUUCUGAGGGCGAUGAAGAGGAGGAUGACUAUGAUGAUGACUUUGAAGACGAUUUUAUUCCUCUUCCUCCAGCUAAGCGACUGAGGUUAAUAGUUGGAAAAGACUCUAUAGAUAUUGACAUUUCUUCAAGGAGAAGAGAAGAUCAGUCUUUAAGGCUUAAUGCCUAAGCUCUUGGUCUUCAUUUGACCUGGGAUAACUACUUUAAAGAAAUAAAAAAAUUCCAGUCAAUUAUUCCUCAACUGAAAGUUUAGUGGCAGCACUUCUAUUGUCCCUUCACUUAUCAGCAUACUAUUGUAGAAAGUGUACAGCGUACUGACUCAAUUCUUAAGUCUGAUUUGUGCAAAUUUUUAUCGUACUUUUUAAAUAGCCUUCUUACGUGCAAUUCUGAGUUAGAGGUAAAGCCCUGUUGUAAAAUAAAGGCUCAAGCAAAAUUGUACAGUGAUAGCAACUUUCCACACAGGACGUUGAAAACAGUAAUGUGGCUACACAGUUUUUUUUAACUGUAAGAGCAUCAGCUGGCUCUUUAAUAUAUGACUAAACAAUAAUUUAAAACAAAUCAUAGUAGCAGCAUAUUAAGGGUUUCUAGUAUGCUAAUAUCACCAGCAAUGAUCUUUGGCUUUUUGAUUUAUUUGCUAGAUGUUUCCCCCUUGGAGUUUUGUCAGUUUCACACUGUUUGCUGGCCCAGGUGUACUGUUUGUGGCCUUUGUUAAUAUCACAAACCAUUGGUUGGGAGUCAGAUUGGUUUCUUAAAAAAAAAAAAAUACAAUGACCUACGUGACAGCUCACUUUUCAGUACAUUAUAUGUACGAGGGUAGCAGUGUGUGGGAUGAGUUUCGAUACGGCGUAUUUAUUGCUUGUCAUGUAAAUUAAAAACCUUGUAUUUAACUCUUUUCAAUCCUUUUAGAUAAAAUUGUUCUUUGCAAGAAUGAUUGGUGCUUAUUUUUUCAAAAAUUUGCUGUGAACAACGUGAUGACAACAAGCAACAUUUAUCUAAUGAACUACAGCUAUCUUAAUUUGGUUCUUCAAGUUUUCUGUUGCACUUGUAAAAUGCUACAAGGAAUAUUAAAAAAAAAUCUAUUCACUUUAACUUAUAAUAGUUUAUGAAAUAAAAACAUGAGUCACAGCUUUUGUUCUGUGGUAACCUAUAAAAAAAGUUUGUCUUUGAGAUUCAAUGUAAAGAACUGAAAACAAUGUAUAUGUUGUAAAUAUUUGUGUGUUGUGAGAAAUUUUUGUCAUAAGAAAUUAAAAGAACUUACCAGGAAGGUUUUUAAGUUUAGAAAUAUUCAUGCCAAUAAAAUAGGAAAUUAUAAAUAUAUAGUUUUAAGCACUGCAUCAGUGGGAGUUCUUGGCUUAUGUUAAUUAAGAAAAUAUCAGAUUUUUUUGACUAUAUUAUCAGUUAAACAAAAAGGAGUCAGAUUUAAUUUGUUUUUUUGAAGCACUUUGAGAAAUUAAUUUUAAUUAACUUAAUGAGCAAAUUUUUAUUACUACUUUAUGUUCCAUACCAGGUUCUUUUCAUUUCUCUGGAUUAUUUUGCAAAUCAUUGGACAGAGAAUUUGGGAAUAUAAAUCUGUAACAGGUGUUUGACACCAGUAGUUCUCUCUUAUUUCUGGGAAAUGUGUACAUGUACUUUCUGAUAUACAGUGUUCCUAAGUAAAAAUCAAUUUAGGGGAUUUGUGUAGUGUCUAUAGGAAAGUAGCCCAUGUCUUAAAAUAUUAAAAGGAAUCUGAAGGUAAUGAAAAGUCCAGUGGAGAAAAUCUCAAUGCUUACUGUUACUACUAAUUGAUUCCUGCUAGUUUCCAGGUUUGGGGGGAUAUUAUUUAAAUGAAGCUCCUUAAGACUAUUGAUUGCCCAUAGGUUCCAAGUAGAAAUUAAUAAGACUUACGAACAUUUUUAGAAGGUAGAUUGUUUUCUCCUGGUUCUCUAAGGAACUACUUCUGUAGUCUUACAUAGUCUCAUCCUUGUUUGUUGUGGUGCAGUCAAACUCCUCAGGCAUUUGGAAAGCAUGUGGUAGACCUCCUUCCACACUCCCCCACACCCCCCUUCGCUGCGUCUGGAGGUCUUCACCAAUGAAGUAGGGCAGCCCACACAGCCUCUCAGGAGCACCUGUCCGAGGCACCCGGAGCACUUUUCAGAGCACAUCCAGCCCUCAUGGGGUCCCUGCAUAGCAAUGUGAACCCCUGCCACUGAGGACGAUGAAGGUAGACCCUGUGUCUGGAGGUGCUGGAGGGCAGAGGGUCGCCUCUUCUAUUCCCAUCUUAGUUUGGGUUGUUUUUAAAAGAGGUUCAGAGACUAAACCUUAAACCUUAUUUGAAUACCAACAAUAGCUAUUUUGGGAAUUUCAAUCUUAAAAAGUGACAAAACGCAUUUCCCAUUUUUCUUCAUUUUUAAGCUUAAUUUUAGUAACUUAUUUAUGAUGUUUUAAUUUUAUCAUGGCCUCCUCUUUGGAGGCUGACCUUCCCAUGGGUCUCAAAGCAGUGACAUUUGGUAGUGGAUCACUGCCUCUCAGGAGUCGGUAUGCACAAGCACUCAGCAGCCACUGUUGAUGCCUUCUAGGGAAACCUAAUUUCCGUUGGUAAAGGUAGGGGCCUCAGAACUGUUCUGGAUCUGCUGUAGAACUUCACCAUGUGGAAUGGUGACAUCCACACACCGUUGACCAGUUUGGAAGAGGUUGCGUUCAAUAAAACUCUUAGCUUGAGCUUAUGCAAUGAUUGGUUAAGAUUUUGGCAUUGUAAGAAUUAGGAGAUGAUCAUAGAAAUAUAUGUAAAGUAUUCAAUUUUCAAUCAUUUUCAAAUUACUGUUAUAAAUUGUUUUUGCUGAGUUGUAAUACUUUUGAGAUACAAUGUAUUCCUUGUACUGAAAGAAUGAAAAAGGACUUUUUCAGCAUUUGAGGUAAGUUCUUUAACGUUUCAUUAAAAACAUUUUUUACAAAUAUUUUGUACAUGCACUUGCAGUAUUGAGGUUAAUCAUUUUAAUAAAUUCGGAAAUUAAAACAA